ACGCUGCGGCUGCGCAGUCUCAACGCGCUGCGUCAGUCGUGCGCACGCGCUUUACAGUGCUUAACUGAAUGUAAACAAACGGAAACUGCGUUCGAAAUUCAAAAAACGUUCUAAAACAAAAAAACUAACGGAUAAUCAAAUCCUGAAUUGGAAUAUCUGAGGUACCCGAGUGACUGAAGACUGAAAAUGUUACCAAGAUGGCGGCGGAUCAUAUCAAAAAUGUUCUUAAUUCCCCAGCGGUAUGUCCUGGGCAUCAUGGGGCUACUGGCUGUCUGCAACGCCUACACCAUGCGGGUGUGCCUCAACUUGGCCGUAACCCAGAUGGUCAACAAUACGAAGUCAGAAGAAGCACACUUCGACCCAAACGCUUGUCCGGAUGAUAGCGAGCUCAUCACUAAUGGAACUGUCAGUUUAAAACCUUACGCGAUAUUCGAUUGGUCGGAGUCGACGCAAGGGCUCAUCUUAAGUGGGUUCUAUUACGGGUACGCCAUCACACAUGUCCCUGGGGGGUACUUAGCCGAGAGAUAUGGCGGUAAAUGGACGUUAGGCAUCGGACUCCUGAGUACGGCGAUAUUUACCCUGCUGACGCCUAUUGUGGUGAAAGCCGGGGGCGCUACGUGGCUAUUCAUACUGAGAGUUCUGCAGGGUAUGGGCGAGGGUCCAACCAUGCCAGCCCUGAUGAUAGUCCUGGCGCGCUGGGUGCCUCCCCAUGAGAGAUCUCGUCAAGGAGCCCUGGUGUUCGGAGGAGCCCAGAUAGGCAACAUCUUCGGCUCCUUCAUGUCUGGGUUCCUGAUGGCUGGUGAUGGGGACUGGGCGAACGUGUUCUACUUCUUCGGGUGCUUUGGGAUAUUGUGGUUCAUUUUCUGGAGCAUCUUAUGCUACAGCACACCGAACACUCACCCAUACAUUUCCGAUGAAGAACUCAAGUAUCUGAAUGAAACCGUGACCAGCGCUGAGAACAAAAACAUCAGAGAUCCAGUGCCGUGGAAGGCCAUCGUGAGGUCCGUUCCAGUUUGGGCCCUAUUGUUUGCUGCUGUGGGCCACGACUGGGGUUACUAUACGAUGGUGACCGAUCUCCCCAAGUACAUGACAGAUGUCCUGAAGUUCAACAUCGCUGCUACUGGUACCUUGACUGCCAUGCCCUACCUGGCCAUGUGGGUCAGCUCGUUCAUCUUCGGAUGGGUGUGCGACGUCUUCGUCAAGAGAGGCUGGCACAGCAUCAAGACUGGGAGGAUCAUACACACUACCAUAGCUGCGACGGGCCCCGCGAUUUGUAUCAUAUUGGCAUCUUACGCGGGCUGCGACCGGUUCGCGGCUGUCGCUUACUUCAUAGCUUCUAUGGCGCUUAUGGGAGGCUUCUAUAGUGGAAUGAAGGUCAAUGCUUUAGAUCUAGCUCCAAAUUAUGCUGGAUCCCUGACGGCCAUGAUCAACGGGACAUCAACAAUAUCUGGAAUCAUCACUCCAUACCUCAUAGGAUUGUUAACGCCUGAUUCAACUCUAGUUCAAUGGAGGGUAGCAUUCUGGGUCUGCUUCGCCGUGCUCGUAGGCACAAACGUAGUCUACAUCUUCUGGGCGGACGGCAAGCAGCAAUGGUGGGACGACGUCCGACAGUACGGGUACCCUGCUGGCUGGAAACACGGCCCACUAAAAACCGUGGACCUUGACAAAGAAAAAAACAAAAAAGAAAAACAAAUGAGCGAAGGUUCAAAACUGUGAGGACUUUUUGGUUGUGAAUAGACGUUCGAUAUUUGAAUUAAGAUAGGAAUUUAAAUGCAAUUGUUUGUGAUUCGACUAGAACAAGUUGAAGCUGUAAAAUAUUAACAAAACAAUUGACUGUGUACUUAUCAGAUUUUAUAGCCCUUCGAUGCAUUGUUAUGUACCUAUGUACUAUGGGUAAUGAACCGUAUUUGACAACAAGUAGACUUCAUACAAAACAAUAUUUUUUAUUACAAACUAAAUAAUAUUGUGAUAUAGGUACAGUCAGCGACAAAUAGACCGUAACACCACAGAAUAAUAAUCAGUACUGGUAACACCCAAAGUAGCCAAAAAGUUCGCAACACGUCUUUGUUACAAUUGGAAUGGUUGUGUUAUCAACUUUUUGGCCACUUUGUGUGUCACGAGCUAUUUGACGCUGACUGUACUACCUAUUUACAUGCAUGUAAGUACUAAGUAGAGUGCAUGCAAACCCAACGACCUAAAUGUCCUUAAAUUUAAAUUACACGUAGCUAUUUUGUUACCAAAAUUGUACACUGUUUAAACUUUACUCAGAUAAUUGCUUUUGUAUGUAAUUUACUAGAAGUUGUAUAUUUAAUUUAGAGAAUUUAAUCGAAUUAAGCAUUACAUUUUGUAAAGUGGCAUUUCAAUAAGAUGUCAUAAUAAUGUGAAAUCUUUAUAAUGUGCCUAUAGCUUUACGUUUUAGGGUCAAAUUCACCAACAUUAAAAAAGACACGAUGACAUAAGUGAUUAUAUCGCCCUGUAACUAAAGCUGUAUAAAACAGUUAUAGACUCUAUCAAAUUGAUUUAUUUUCUAAAAUUAGUAAACAGUUAAAUUCAAUCUAAGGGGAAGGUGUCUGUCUAUCUAUUGGUGAAAUUUGGCCAAAUAAAUAAUGUAUUUUAAGUGCCAUUUGUUUGUAUAAAAGAGAAUUUAAUAGGUAAGGAAUUUGUAAGAAGUGUACCUACUUAGCUAUAAGAUAUAAAUAGUAUCAAUUUAUCAGUUAUGUACAAGAUUUUAACAAACGAGGCAUUUGUAAAUAAUAUCUGUAAUUUCCCAGUACAAUUUUGAUAUUAUAAGAUUUUUUAGUUUAAUAAUAACUAUAAGAAGACUAUUCGUCAAAAUGUUAAUUUCCCAAUUAAUAUUGGCAGCUUAAAGAUAGCAUCCGCAUAUUCUUAUAGUGUAUCGAUAUAAUAAUUAUAUUUAUUUCAAA